AAUUGUUAUUGUUUUUUCCACUUUUAACCUGAACGUGUUUUGAGUUUAUUUCCUUCGACUUCGAGCCGCGUGCCAGUUUCACCUUUCCAUGUUUUGAUUCCGUUUAAAUUCUUAGUAGCCAUUUCUCUGACAAGUUUUUCCGCCUCCAACCGGGAAAAUGCUGAAGCUGCUCUACUAUUUGUUUUGGUUUUCCCUCCCCGGACUCUUCUUCUUUCUGCUCGCUGGAGGAGCUGCCGGUGAUGUGGGAUUGGCGGCGGGCCAGGAGGCGGUAGAAUGUAGCCGCUUGGAGCGAGCCGAUAUCGAGGGAAGACUGUCUACGAAGACGCCGUACCGAGCGAUUGCCAAUUUUAAUGAAACGUCGCCUCUGUAUGCCGGAUGCCGUCCAACGCGAAUCUGGUCGAUUAUCCGCCAUGGAACCCGGAAUCCCAGCGAGAAGGUAAUCCUCCAAGCCCAGACUCGCCUCGCGGAGAUCAAAGAGGAAAUCCUGAAGCAAUCAAAUCCGAAUCUCUGUGCCGGGGAGCUGAAGAAACUGCGCAAGUGGAGCUGGAAUUUCCUGAAUGCAGCUGAGGACGAGAAGCUUCUGGUGGCCGAGGGCGAGGACGAACUGACAGAACUGGCGGAGCGCAUGCAGAACCGUUUUCCGAACCUCUUGCCGGACAUCUACGACCCCGGCUGGUACUUCUUCAAGUAUACAGCCACCCAGAGGACCCUGAAGAGCGCCCAGAGCUUCGCCACUGGACUUUUUGGACGCCAUCGUAUCCAUGCUGUGCGCUAUCCACCUCCCCUCCAUCAGGAUCCCAUUCUGAGGUUCUAUAAGCGCUGUGGAAGAUGGAAAACUGACGUCGAUAAGAAUCCCGAUACCUUGGUCAACGCACGCAGGUUCCUUGCGGAGCCGCAGAUGCAGUCAGCAGUGGAGCAUGUGCGGAGCAGCACCCGGCUACCGGAACUCCGGCCGGAGGAUGUCCAGCUCAUGUAUACGGUGUGUGCCUUCGAGACGGCCUGGCGUCGGCCACGUCCCACUGAUCGAUGGCCCACCCAUUCGGUGUGGUGCAACUUCUUCGAUGUGCCCGCCCUGAAUGCCAUGGAGUUCUUCGAGGACCUGGAGUACUAUUGGAACGAUGGAUACGGCUACGAGCUAACGCAUCGCAUUGCCUGCCCGGCAAUAGCGGAUAUGUUUGCGGCCAUAAGUUCGUCGGAAGCUCCUGAGGAGCAAGGACCGCUGCGGUCCAAUGCCACAUUCUACUUCACGCACUCGGGAACGCUGCUGAAGCUGCUGGCCCACCUCGGACUGGCCCGGGAUGAGGAGCCGCUGACGCACAGGCAUUUUGCCAGCGAAAGGCUCUGGCGCACCAGCCAGAUAGACGCCUUCGCGACCAAUCUGGCCUUCCUGCGCUACGAUUGCGUUGAGGAGGCGCCACAUGUCCUGGUAUUGCACCAGGAACGAGUGGUACGCCUGCCCGGCUGUCCACAGGACAAGGACCUCUGUCCGCUGGCCACGCUGCGUCGCAUCUACGCCGACAGCGUGGAACGCUGCGACUUUGAGGAGCUGUGCCAGCUGAAGGACUAGGGCUGGAGUCGCCGCUCUGCACUGCACUCUGCUGAGCUCCCGCUGCCGCUGCAAGACCUCGAGAAAUGGGAUUCGUCGGAAUGAUGUUAUAGGAUACCGAACUGAACUGAUGCUAUGAUGGAGAUGGAAAUGGAGAUAACGAUGUUGUUAUAUGCGAUGUGGGGCUGGGCAUAUUGGGGACGAUCUAGCCUAGGGUUAGUUUUAUAAGCAAAGUGACCAGGACAGGCGAGCUACCAAGCAACCAAGUGUGGUGUGUGUGUGUGUUGACCAUGUGGCCGAGUCGAAAUCUGUGUGUUUUGUAUGCCUUAUUAAUCAAUGUGGACCAUCCAAUCCGAGAGCCAGACAGAUCCGAGACGCAAUGUCGAGCAAGAGAAUAAAGAGUGUCGUUGUAGAGAGAUGAGGUGAAAGGAGAAAGUGGUAGCCCGUGUCAUGCUUUAUUACUAUAUCUAUCUUAUAUGCAUAUAUAUAUAUAUAUUUUUUUUUAGAUAUUUUAACUCCCUCCCACUCCCCACAGCUGCUGUACACAAUACCUCUAUGGUUAACCCCUUACUUUUAUUUUUAUUUACGUUUUUUCCUUUUAUUUUGCUGUUGUACUAUACCCCGAGUCCUUAUCCAGGUCCCUAGAGAUCCAGGUCCCAAUCCUAGGGAAGCAACGCAUAGUGUACAUAUAUAAAUAAUGAUUUCUAAGAUAGACCUAUAGAGCUCCGAUACGAAAACACAUAUGCAUAUAUACACAAUUAUACAUAUAACUAGAUAUAUCUAUCUAUAUAUAUACAUAUAUGCCUCUAUUCAAACCUUCCUUUGCCAUCCCCGCACCAACAAAAACCCAAAAAAAAACUAAAAACUAAAAAAAAAUGGAUAAGAGAACGUUCGUUGUGCUAACUUGUGUUAUAUACCUAUAAACCGAUUACCGAUUACAUAUAUAAUUAGAUAUACCUAGUAAGAGCGAGGAGGCAAGGAAAUUGAACAAAUGUUGGGUUCCUGUUCCUACUAAAAAAAAACAACAACAAUUGUUAAUCGCAGCUCUCAAGAUUUAUGAUUUUUUUUUGGAAAAUUUUAGAAAAUAUAGACCGAAUGGGUCGUCUUGGGAUGAGAAAGAGAAGACGUUUGGCAGAGAGUGAGACGGAUGGAGGGAGAAACCCAUACACUUUGUACAUAAUAACUUAAAAAUUUAAUCACUUUCUUAUUAUCUUUAUUUUUUUUUUUAUUGUAUAUGUUUGUCCCAACAACAGCAGUAACCGUAACAACAAUUAAAAUUAACGAAAUUCUAGUUUAAAGCUUAAUGCGCUUGAACUUUUCACUUUGUUUAAGCUAAAAAUAAAAUAUGAAAAAUCGAAAAAAA